AUGACUGCAUCAAUAUUCACCAGUCUCACACUCUUUUUCUGUUUCAUUUUUUUCUCUGCAGGCAUCAAAGUAGAACUUGUUGAUGGCUCCUCAGAACACAGUGGAAGAAUUGAAAUCACUCGUAAUGGAAUCAAAGGAACUGUCUGUGAUGAUGAAUUUGAUAACAAUGAUGCUACAGUUAUUUGUAGAAUGUUGGGGCACAGCAUCUCUCUCUCUCUCUCUCUCUCUCUCUCUCUCUCUCUCUCUCUCCCUCUCUCUCUCACACACUAUUCUCACCUUUUUCUCUUUUCUCUCUCUCUUUCUCUCUUUUUCUCUUUCUCUCUUUUUUCUCUUUUCUCUCUCUCUCUUUCCCUCUUUCUCUUUCUCUCUUUUUCUCUCUUUCACUCCUUCUCUCUUUUUCUCUCUUUUUCUCUUUCUCUUUUUCUCUUUCUCUUUUCUCUCUCUCGCUUUCCUCUCUUUUCUUUUCCCCUCUCUCUCUCUUUCUCUCUUUCUCUUUCUCUCUUUUUCUUUCUUUCACUCUUUCUCUCUUUCACUCUUUCUCUUUCACUCUUUCUCUUUCUCUCUUUCUCUCUCUUUUUUUCUCUCUCUCUCUCUCGCUUUUCUCACCUUUUUCUCUUCUCUCUCUCUUUCACUCUUUCUCUUUUUUCUCUUUCUCUCCGUCAGUCAAUCUCUCUUUCUCUCUUUUCUCUCUCUCUCUCUCUCUCUCUCUCUCUCUCUUUUCUCUCUUUUCUCUCUCUAGCUUACAUCACAACCCCCAUUGCUAUUUUAGGGGGAUGGAAGUACGGUAAUAUCAAUUAUAACUUUCAGGCAGAAUGA